GCUCCACGUCCCCAGUGGUAUUUUUUUGUCUGUCUAGCGUGCGUGAUCCACUAUAAAUCUUGUGUACUCUCUAGACUGGUUUCUGGCAAAGGUUGAAAGAAACACUACACAGCUGCUAGUUCCCGGCUAGCUCCGGUGGUGCUCCGCCGCUCCCGCGCGCGGCCUGAUCGAUGCUGCCAUCCAGGCCGAGAUCGCGAUCGUGGGGUGGUGCGCCGACGGCUCCUCCGGCUCCUCCGGCUUCCGGUUCCAAAGCCACGCCCCGGCACGAGCGCAGCAGGUCCACCACCACCUUCUCCACGCCAUCUUCCGAGACAGUGGCGGCGCAGCUGAACAAGCAAGACACGCUCCAGGACGUCAUGGAGCCGCGGAGCGACGGCGACGCGCCAUCGUCGCCGGCGUCGGCGCGGGUGCGGCUUCUGGAGCGAGAGGUGGCCACGGCGAAGCAGGCCGAGGCGAAGAUGCUGGAGUCGUUGAUCAGCCAGACCAAGGAGCUGGAGCAGGCCAAGGUGGCGCUCGAGGAGGCCACGCUGCGGCAGGGCCCCGCGCAGGGGCAGUGGAGCGUCAGGGACCUCAUGUUCGGCGGCGUCGACGAGGAGAUCAACGGGCUGAGGGCCAGGCUCCGGUCCGCGCUGGCCGCCGAGGAGAGGAGCCGGAAGGCCGCGGACGACCUCGCCGCCGCGCUCUCCGCCGUCACCAUGGAGGCCAAGCAGGUCAAGGCGUGGCUGUCCGACGCGCAGGCCGAGGUCGAGCGCGCCAACGCCGAGGCCGGCCGGCUCGAGGGCCUGCUGCGCACCGCCGAGGCGGACCUGUGGUCGGCCACCGAGCAGCUCGACGGCAUCAUGUCGGACUGGAAGGAGGCCGCGGCCGCCUGGCGCGCCAGGGAGAAGGCGCUGCUCGGACGCGCCCGCGCGGCCGAGGAGGACGCCGCCGGCGCCCGGCGUGAGAACGCCGAGCUCGCCGAGCUGCGCCGGGCGGCCGACCACGACAACGACGGCCUGCGGCGCGCGCUGGAGCGGGCGGCGGAGGAGGCCAACGCGGCCAGCGAGUCGCUCGAGUUCGCGAGCGGCGAGAACUCCAAGCUGCGCGACGCCCUCGCCGAGAAAGAGGACGCCAUGGAGUCCCUGAGGCUGGAGAACGAGUCGCUCAAGUCCAGCGAGGCUGCCGCGCAGGGGCGUGCCACGGAUCUGCACAAUCAGCUCACGGAGGCAACCAAGACAGCCGAUGGUGGCGCCGGCGGUGGGGAGAAGGCACGCGCAGCGGGGUUGCUAUUGGAGGAGUGGAAAGCCGAUGCGCAGGGGAAGCUUAGCGCGGCGGCGUUCCUGGACUCCGGCAGGAUGAUGGCCGCCGCGAGCCGGAAGGAUCGUCGGAUGUUCGCGUCCAUCAGCAACCUCGCGGAGCUGAGGUCAGCGGCGGCGGCGGCGGCCAUGGACGAUUACUACGAGUUCGAUCACUUCGAUGACGGAAGACAGUACGGUGGCCUGGAGCAUGCCAUGAAGCAGAGGAAGAGGAGGUCCGUUCUACGCAAGUUCGGAGAUCUUUUUAGGAGGAGAAGCCUGCGCAAGUCAGACGACUUUGCUCCGGUUCUCGCUAGGUAGAUAUCUGCGUGAUGCUUGCAUGACUCGUGUGUUUGCAUGAUACCCUUACCCUGAAAAAAUCACGCCCCCUAGGAGGCACAUCACAAGCCAUGCCACCAUUUUUUUCAAAA